CUCACUUCAAUAACGUCACAUCAAAACAAUGUCUGACGAAGGUGGAGGUACUGAUGGCGGGAGUUGGUGGGGUGGGUGGCUACAGACUGCCAAAGAGCAGUCGGCGUCAGCCUGGGAUAUGAUGAAAAAAGAUCUUGUUGAAUUUGGUGUAACUGUAAAACGGGAUACUCAGGCUACUGUGGCAAGUGGCGCUUCUAACAUCAAGGAACAAAUAAAGUCUGAUAAUGCAUCAGCAGCUGGAAGCGGUAAUAAAGUGACAGAGGGAUUUUCUAGAUUGUUGUCGGGAAUCACUGAAACACUGUCUCCGAAAGAUUACGGAUUAGAUGAGGAUGAGAAACAGGGAGUUCUCAUGACAAAAGAUGGCGCUCAUAUAUUUGAUCGAAAAAAGGCUAAGCUGUAUGCGAUACAGACAGAGCCCGGAACUUACUGCAAUGAGCCUGAUGGCCCACCUGAUCACUAUGAGAAAUGGCUUGAGUCUGUUAGCCUAGAAGAUAACAAAGGAGAAAUAUCAGAACUACUCAUAGUCAACACCAAUGUACGAUCAUUAUACACAAAAUUGGUGCCUGCAGUGGUAUCGCAUGAUGAUUUCUGGAAUCGAUACUUCUACAAAAUUCAUCAACUUGAUCAGGAUGAGGCAAGAAAGGCUGCGCUAAUGGAACGGGCUGAUAUGACAUCAUCGAUGAAGGAGGAGGAAGAUCUUGGAUGGGGUGAUGAAGAUGAUUCAUGGGAUACAGUCCCCGAUGCUAAGCCUUGCAAGGCACAGGCGGAAGAAAAUACGGAAACAUCACCGACCUUACUUAUCACCAAGGAAGAAAAUCCCAUAUCUGAUAUGGAAAGUUUGAAUGUACAUGAUACCGAUGAUGGACAUAAUGAUUACGAACUUGUGAAAGACAAUUCCAAUAAACCGGAACAAACGUCUGGUAGAUUAACACCCGAGGAAUUUGUAUUAAGUUCCGAGCCCAACGAAAAACAGUGUUUAAAUAACGAGAAAAAAAUAGAUGACAACAAUCAAGGAAAGGAAACUGAUUCACUUACUAAAGAAACACAUAUAGAAAAAGAAAAUAAGGAACAAGAAAAAACAGAUAGCCAACUGGAUAGCAUUGAUGAAGCAGUUGAUAAUUCAAGUGGAAAUAUUUCACCUGUAUCGUCAGAUAAAAAAGAUUCAAGUAGUUUAGGCGAUGAUUGGGACGAUUUUGACGACAUUGAGGUAACGGAGGAAGAUGUCAAAGCCGCAGCAAACUUGUCAGCGGAUGACGAUCUCGAUGACUGGGAAAACUGGGAAUGAAUCCAUCUUAAAUUCUCACGUGCUGAGUGCUAACAACAACCGUCGUCAAGACCACCUCCAACCCCUUCGUCAUAUAGCAUAAAAUGCUAUGCCUAGAAAACUAGUUAUAUUCUAGGAUUCAUUUACUAUUGCACCACAGCUUAUAAAAUUCAAUAUACUGCACUUUUCAGAAGUUCAAUAAACAUCUGUAUAUGAAUUACUUGUACAAUUUUAUUUAAUAGUUUCAGUUGUAAAUAGCAGUUCUAUUAAGUUCGGACAUACAGUAGUAGGAGUUUAUAGAAUAUUAUAUUACACUCAGUGUACGGCAUAAUUUUAAUGCAAUAUGUGUUACUCUAUGUAGCAUAUGCAAUAUGGUAGUAUAGUGGUAUACUAUAUUGUGCUAUACAAGGCAAGUGUACUUGAGAAAAAUUCCCUGAAAAAUUCACAGGUGAAAGGAAAAUAAUAUAAUGAAUAUAGGGACAAGAUAUAAAAACUAUAUUUUGGUUAACUUUUAUUGAUAAAAUUAAUGGUUAAAUUAUAUCUUUCAAUAUACUUUUGCCUAGAAGGUGCUAUGGUUUAUAUACAAUUCAUAUGGAGUAAAAAAAAAC